AACAUUGGGCAUGGAGCCAGGAGGUGGGGACUUGAGCUUAGGCAGGCUAAUCAGGUCACAGGGUGAAAUUAAAAGGGAGGAGGAAAGCACCGACCCAUCAGAACUCACCCUCCUUCCUGUCAACGAGGUGUCCAGGAGAGGAGCUGGACAGACAGGGUGUGCAGAGGUCGCGAGCCAGGGGCCCAGGAUGGCUCCCCAGAGAGCUGUUCAGCUGUCCCUGAAGAAGCCCACCUAUGCAGUGUGUGUGGUGGGAGCUGAGACAUACGUGGAUGUUCACAGCAACGUGCCCAGGGGCGCUGAGACCUUUGGGGUCUCUGGGAGGUCUGGGGUAGAGAUCUCCGUGGUCUAUGACCCAGCACGAGUGACAGAGCCCGCAGGCAAGGCCCGCUGGCCCCUGAACGCCAAAGUGGAGGUGAUCAUAUCUGUGGACACAGCUAGUAAGAACUUCAACGAUCUCAAGGUGACAGUCUCCUACUUCAGGCGGCAUGAGGACAAUGCCCUGGGCCACAGCGUGCUCUAUCUCACUGGCGUUGACAUCUCCCUCGAUGUUGACAUAAACCGCAAGGGCCAGGUGAAGAGGAACCGAGGUGACAAGAAAACCUGGCGCUGGGGCCCUGAGGGCUAUGGGGCUAUCCUGCUGGUGAAUUGUGACCGCGAUAGUCUCAGGUCCAGGCAGCGUGACCUCGCUAACAGCCACCUGAUGUCACUGGAUGACCUGAAGGACAUGUCCCCAAUGGUGCUGACCUGCGAUGGCCCCGACAAGCUCUUUGACAGCCACAAGCUGGUCUUGAACGUGCCGUUUUCUGAUUCUAAAAGAGUAGGGGUCUUCUGCGCUCGGGGUGGGAAUUCCCUCUCAGACUACAAGCAGGUGCUGGGGCCCCAGCACCUGUCCUACAAGGUUGAGCGGCAGUCAGGGGAGCGGAACAUCAGAUUCUACGUGGAGGGGCUCACCUUCCCUGAUGCUGAUUUCUUGGGACUGGUCUCUCUCAGUGUCAGCCUGGUGGACGUGGGGAACCUGCCAGAAGAGGUGACCCUCUUUACAGACACUGUGGCCUUCCGCAUGUCCCCCUGGAUCAUGACCCCCAACACCCAGCGCCCCCUGGAGCUGUAUGUGUGCAGCGUGGUAGACUCUAAUGGCUCAAAUGAGAAAUUUCUGAGGGACAUAUCUGACCUGGCAUUGAAAACCAACUGCAAGCUGGUCAUCUGCCCUUGGGUUGAAAAUCGAAAUGACCGCUGGAUACAGGACGAGAUAGAAUUUGGCUACGUGGAGGCCCCUCACAAAUACUUCCCAGUGGUCUUUGACUCCCCCCGAGACAGAGGCCUGAAGGACUUUCCCUAUAAGAAGAUCCUGGGUCCUGACUUUGGAUACGUAACCCGGGAAAUCCCAUUCGCUGGUGCCUCCGGCCUCGACUCCUUCGGCAACCUGGACGUCAGCCCACCCGUGACAGUGGGCGGCAAGCAGUACCCCCUGGGCCGGGUCCUCAUCGGCAGCAGCUUUCCCAAGUCAGGUGGGCGGCGAAUGGCUAAGGUGGUGCGCGACUUCCUGAAGGCGCAGCAGGUACAGGAGCCCCUGGAGCUGUACUCUGAUUGGCUCUCUGUGGGCCACGUGGAUGAGUUCCUGAGCUUUGUGCCCACCUCCGACCAAAAGGGCUUCCGACUGCUCCUGGCGAGCCCCAGUGUUUGCCUCAAACUGUUCCAAGAGAAGAAAGAGCAGGGCUAUGGGGAGGCGGCCCAGUUUGACGGGUUGGAACAUCAGGUAAAGAGAAGCAUUAAUGACAUGCUGGCGGACCGAAGCCUCCAGAGUGACAGUCGCUAUGUACAGAAAUGCAUCGACUGGAACAGGGAGGUGCUGAAGAAGGAACUGGGCCUGACGGAGCGGGACAUCGUGGACAUCCCCCAGCUCUUCUUUCUGAGGGACUCCUAUGCAGAGGCCUUCUUCCCCGACAUGGUCAACAUGGUGGUUUUAGGCAAGUACCUGGGCAUCCCCAAGCCCUUCGGGCCCAUCAUCAACGGCCGCUGCUGCCUGGAGGAGAAGGUGCGGUCCCUGCUGGAGCCGCUGGGCCUCCACUGCGUCUUCAUCAAUGACUACUUGUCCUACCACAAGCUGAUGGGGGAGAUCCACUGUGGCACCAACGUGCGCCGGGAGCCCUUCUCCUUCAAGUGGUGGCACAUGGUGCCCUGAGCCUGCUACCUGCCAUCCUCUCUGCCCGCCUGCUAGGAAACCCCGCCGGAGUGAGAGCGAGGAAUCUGCACCUGGCCCCCAUUGUGUGGCCACCGUGGGCAUCAGGACGCAGGGAUGGACCCACCCAGCCCGAGAAGGACUGCCCUCCCUCACCCUUCCUGCUCCUCUUCUCCAUCUGCAACUCCCAGAGGUUCUGGAGAAGAUCACCAGCCCUAGCGUGUUCAAGGAUGCUCAAGGAUGGUGGGGCAGGACCUCAGCAGGUGCCCCACUUUGAAUUGCUCCCCCUUUGUUUUGACACCUCCAUUGUGUUGGCACCAGGAACAGAACCCAGGGGGCCCAGGCUCUGGUGUGAGGGCCCUGGGUCUAGGCCUCCUGUGGCUCUUGAAAGACCAGGAAGGGGGACCUGAGCCACCUUCGUUCCUCUACCAGCUGUCUUCUCCUGCAGGGGACCCCCCAGGCUGUGACCUUCUGGCACCCUCAGCCAUAUUUACAUGGGCAAAUAAGGACAGGAAAAUCCAGCUUCGGAGGGCCUGCUUUAGAAAGAAAAAAAAAAAAAGGCAACAAAAACCCUUUAAUACCUGACUGUCCUCAGAAGUGUGCUUGUUACCUGUUUGAAAAGCCUGUAAUUACGUGUGCUGGCUGCUUCCAGCUCAAAAAUGCUGCAAGGCCAAAGUGAGGCCUGGGAGGGCACACAAAGGAAUGAAGGCCUGGCAGGAGGGAAGGAGGCCAGGAUGGCAGAGAAAGCUGAGGCAGGAGGACAGAACCUGGGUGGGGCCUGGUCCUGCAUCCUAGGACUCCUGGGCUUUGAAUUCUGGACUCCGGAUGUGGAGGUGGCUGGCUUUCCAGAUGGAGCAGGAAGUGGGGGCCCAGAUAUUAGAAGAGGGUGGGGGCCAUUAGGUUAUCUGUGAAGGCGGGGUUUAAUUUCCUCUAAUAGUCUCUAAUUAUUCCCCCUUCCUUCUGCAGGCAGUGGGAGGGGAAGGCUCGCCUGGUCUCUCAGCAACGUGGAGACCCUGCGCCUAGCUUGGGUUUCACCUGUGAGCAAACCCCUUUGGCAGCCCUGUGUCCCCCCCCAUGGACGGGAAGAUGGAGCUGCCACAGGGGUUAAUAGUCUGGCCCCAGGUGAGGUCACCGAGUCAUGCGUAGGCGCGCAGGCUUAGCCAAUGAAGGGCAAGAGGUGACCCCUGCCCCAGACAGGCACAGGCAGCAGGGAGCUGCCGGUGGGACCAUCCCAGGGGUCCUCAGCCCCUGGGCCUUCACCUUCCGGGUUUUCAGUGGCCCCUGGUGAGGUCUAGAUUGAGCCAGCUGCUGUUAAGCUCUUUCAGCCUUGGAACCCUCAGUAAUCAGAAGUUUACAUGGAAACCCCAGCUCACAUGAAACUGAUAAAAACAGAACUGCUCUGUUUAAGGUGGUGGGGGCAGCGUACCAGGAUCCUCCCCUUCCAGAAGGCUCUCUGGAACCUCAUUGGCAAGCCCGUGGUCUAACCCGCUCACUCUCUGAUAAUAAUUAUGAGGAAGCCUGCGCCAAGAAGAGAAAGGAGCUCUUCAGGGGCCAAGGGUGUGUGGCCAGGGUCAGGACUCCCCAGGGAAAGGGUGGGGAGGGGAGGGGCCACUGCAGAGAGACGGGGAGGUGGGGCACACGGCUUCUAGAAUGGCACUGAGUGUGAAAGGCGCUGAAAUGGCUGCUGGGGCUGUUGGGGAACGCUGAUGCCCCCUCUGAGAAUGUUCCGGGUGACCGGCCACCUUUCCGAUUAAUAAAAAAGUCAA